GUUACUGAUUGUUGAUUAUCGUCAUGACUCAUCACAAUGUUGAUUUCACCUGCCGGAGGACUCUCCGGUCUCUGACUGGCUGCUGAGGCAGGAUUCUGGCCAAUCACAGCGCAUUGUGCGCGGCAGCAACUCUUCCCACAGCAACAAGACGAUGGAGAUGUCCUCCUCAGCCUCCGCCGCGCCAUCCGUGCUGCUCAACACAGGGGCUCGGAUGCCUCUUUUGGGUUUGGGGAUGUACAAACUGUGCGAGGCUGUGCUCCAAGCUGUGGAUGCGUCCCUGGCUGCGGGCUACCGGGCCUUCGACAGCGCCGCCGUGUACGGGAAUGAAGCCGAGCUGGGUCGCAGCCUUAAGGAGCUCCUGCCAAAAUACGGAUUGACCAGAGAGGACGUGUUCAUCACCAGUAAACUGGCCCCCAAAGAUCAGGGCGAGAGGGCCAUGGAUGGAGCCCUCGAAAGCCUGUCCAGGCUCGGGAUGGAUUACAUCGACCUCUACCUGAUCCACUGGCCUGGGACUCGGGGCCUGGAUGUGACUGACCAGCGCAACCCAGGCAACAGAGCUCAGAGUUGGGCUGCGCUGGAGGAGCUGCAUGCUCAAGGGAAACUGAAGGCCAUUGGGGUGUCCAACUACACACCGGCACACAUGAGGGAGCUCAUGGCCACCUGUAAGGUCCGGCCCGCGGUGCUGCAGGUGGAGUUCCACCCACUUGAAUGCCAGGCCGAGCUGAGGCGCGUGUGCCAAGAGUUCGGGGUGUGCUUCCAGGCCUACAGUUCCCUGGGGAUGGGGGAACUCCUCGCAGACCCGAUGGUGGUCCAAGUGGCCGAGACCUGCCAGCGCACGCCCAGUCAGGUGCUGCUGCGCUGGGCGGUGCAGCAGGACGUCCCGGUGCUCCCCAAGUCGUCCAACCCGGAGCGGAUCAAGGAAAACGCCAGGAUUUUCGACUUCGCACUGAGUGACGGCGACAUGGGCAGACUGUCGGCUUUGGAUCAAGGACACAAGUACUGCUGGGAUCCCUCCCCGGUGGUUUGACGGGACAGACCAGUGGGGAGUUAAUCCACCCUUUUAAUACAACCACUAUGACGUCGCAAUGAUAGAAACCAACAAUAUGAUCCCCAAAAAAUCCCCAAAAAACGCAACAGCACCCAAAUGUGCCGUGUACAUCAUCAGGAACAGUUGACAAUUAUUGGUUAUCUCAUAAACAUGAAACAUUUCAAUAAAAUCCUUCAUAAUGCCCA